UGUUGACGUUCACCUUAGUUCUUCUAUCUAUCGAGUAUCGAUAGGAAUUAAUUGUUAUUAUUAACAGAGAUAUCUGAUCAGUGUGUAUCAUUUAGUAUAGCAUUGUUACUAAUAAAUAGAAAUAGGCACAUUGCCUCGAACAAGUAUGUCAAUUCCGUUAUUUCCAACGUUAACGCCAAAAAUUGUGGAUUCUCUUUGGUUCAGCAUAGAUAAGCCUAGAAAUGAUGAAAGUGAAUUAGUUCAGUUGGAACAAGAGCAUCAAUCAUGGCUUAACAGUAUCAACCAAAGAGAUUGCGAGCUGACACCUAUUGGAAAAUCUGCAUCAGAGUGCCAGGAUGAAGAAGAAGAAGACGAGGAGGAGGAUGACAAUGAUGAUGAUGAGAGCGACACUCAUGAUGAAGAGGAUGAAGAUGUAGAGAUGGAGUUGUCUUACGAGGUUACAGACAACAGACAAAUGCCUCCUCCUGCAGACAUCAGCAUUUAGAAAUUCUGUGUUGACUGUUGAAGUCAUCAUGUAGAAAUUCUGUGUUCAUAUGUAAAUUAUCAUGUUCAACUCCUACCAUGACUGCCAAUACAGCUUGUAUAGGUUACUAAAUCAGGCUGUGUUAUUUAAUAGGUAAAAUUUUUGUUUGUAAGCUAUGUGUGUUUUCUUAAAAAAAUAACUUGUAUGUUAAA